AUGUUAUAUAACAAAGAACAAAAAGUAAACAACAUUAGCGGCCCGAGUGGCCGAACUAAAUUUCAGUUCGAUCGUUUUGUGCAGAUGGUCUUAUUUAUUGCUGCUAAUCCUGACUAUUGCAGUCCAGUACGUAGUAUCCAAGGUACUGGCGUCAAGCCAGAUUUGAAAAGGGCAGAUAUUCUCGGCCAAAAAAUCAAAAGCUUGAAUACUGCACUGGGUUCAAAGUUGAAAGAGGAAAGUCGCCUUGGUCACUCUCUACAUGACUCGGCAACUCCAGCACCUUCAUCCUUGUCAUCACUGCCGUUGUCAUCCAGUGGAAAGAAAUCCUCGGCAGCACAUAGGCCAAAAAGCAGAAAGAAGCAAACCAUACUUCCCAACGGACAGCCAAAAGAAUGCGCCACAUGCGGUGACACCUGGACUUCUCAGUGGAGAAGUGGACCCGAAGGGAAUGUUGAGCUCUGCAGCCGAUGUGGCAUAGCCUAUAGAAAGAAAAUGGAAAAAAAGAUACGGCAACAGCAAUGCAUUGAGAAUGGUACAAAUAAUUCUAUCUUCAACAACAGGUAG